GUACAGUUUGCAAAUUAUUAUUUACCCUUAUUUAUAUUUACUUCAAAAUAUUUCUGUUCCCAAGACAGAGUACCAAAUUCCGUUCCAGCAACAUCUGUUCUCCGGUCGGAGCUCUGACGGAGAAACGUAAUGGCAGCCAUGGAAGGGGUGGCGAUAACGGGAGCUCAAGACCAACAGCCGCCGCCAACGAGAGUGGUGGAGCGGCUGAACUCGGCGGUUCAGCAGCAGCUCAACCUCGACUCGGUCAAGACUCGCGCAAUCAGCCUCUUCAAAGCCAUCUCUCGCAUCCUCGACGAGUUCAACGCCAUAGCCGCCACAAAUGCUGUUCCAAAGUGGCAAGAUAUACUCGGGCAGUUCUCGAUGGUGAAUCUGGAGCUUUACAAUAUUGUUGAAGAUAUUAAAAACGUGUCCAAAGCCUUUGUAGUUCAUCCUAAGAACGUUAAUGCUGAGAAUGCUAUCAUUCUGCCUGUUAUGCUGUCCUCUAAGCUUCUGCCCGAAAUGGAGGUUGAAGACAACACCAAGAGAGAACAGCUGCUACAUGGCAUGCAGAGUUUGCCAGUGCCUGCACAAAUUGAAAAGUUAAAGGCUAGAAUUGAUAUGAUUGGAGCAGCCUGUGAAAGUGCUGAGAAGAUUAUAGCUGAUGCCCGAAAAGCCUACUUUGGCACUCGUCAGGGACCAACACAUUUGCCAACUAUUGACAAGGUCCAAGCUGCAAAAAUACAAGAACAAGAAAAUUUACUUCGAAGCGCGGUUAAUCAUGGUGAAGGGUUACGAAUACCUGCAGACCAAAGGCAAGUAACAUCUUCACUUCCAAUGCAUUUGGUGGAUGUACUCGUUGUGAAUGAUAGCUCACAGACAUUCUCGGAUACAUCUGGUAUGUAUCAGAAGAAUACACCUCCACUUAUGUCAACCCUCGGUAAUAACAACCAGGGUCCUUUAUUGCAGGCCUCUGGAGCACAACUUAUCGGGAGACCUGCAGCUUCCCCUUCUGGUGCUAAUGGGUCAACCUCCUUUGAUAACACGACUACAUCUCCCAUGCAAUAUGCAAAUUCACCAAGAUCUGGCGCAAACAUUAUGAACACGCCUUCUCCUCAGCAACAACAGCCACAACAGCUACAACAACACCAGCUCCAGCAGAGGCAGAAAAUGAUGCAGUUACCUCCACAUCAGCAACAACUUCUAGGUCAGCAGCAGCUAAGACCAUCAUCGAUGACUGGGUUAGGACAGUACGGAAUAUCUGGCGGCAAUCGGACUCUUCCUCCUCAAAGCCUGAGCGAUCAGAUGUUUAAUAGUAUUGGAGGUGGCAAUGCUAGUGGCCUGAUUGGGGGCAUCCAGCAACAGCAGCAAUCGGCAUUCGGGAACAUGACACAGCAAAGUGGUCAGCAUUUGCAGCAACAACAAAUGGUAAACAUGCCAAACGCAGCACAACAGACUCAUCACCCGAGCUUUCAGCAGCAGAGACAAAACCAGCAGUGAUUAGAUACUGUGAUAAUCGAUACUGAUAUGCUGCUCGUUCGUCACUCGACUCGUGUGUAUGUGUAGGAAUAACUGCUGCAUUUUGAAUGUUUUUAUUUUAACGCUUAUCCCAUUUGCAGACUUAUCAAGAAUGAGCAUUUUUCGAAACAUUCAUUGUUGUUUAUUGCAGAGGAAUGCAGAGGAAGAACAUAUUGCCUUGUUUAAUGAGACUAUUUCAGUUUUUGAAGCAAGUACAUAUUGAAUUUUGGUGAACAGAAGAAUAGCGUUUUCAUUAAUGACUAAAUCUUACAUUUUUC